UGUAAACAACUUGGGUUUAAAAUUUUGUUUCUGACGCGAGAGACGGAGCCUUUUCGUGGAACCUCGAAAUUUGACGAAUAUUUUUAUAGGAGGGUGUAUUUCGCCGUGCAAUAAGAGGCGAAGGAAGUGGGGAAGAAGACGGCAUUCGCGUAAAAUAAGGAGAAAGGAGAGAAAUGGCGUGCUUGAUUCCCGACGAGCAAUAUGAAACUCAGUUCUUUGGGUUUUCUCCGUCCUCUUUUCUCGAUGGAGUGAAAGGGCUUAUUUUGGACCGACUCAGUGAGGCAACAGAACAGCUGGAAGGCCAUCUUGCUCAGAUCCCAGAGGAAAUCAUUUCAAAAGAAGAGGUUUCAAGAGGCAUUGGCCUCCUGCGUCAGCAGACUGACAGCAACUACACCAAAACAAUGCAGAAACUAGAAGCACACAUCCUUGGAAAUGUGAUGAAAAUCCCUUCCCAUGUGCUCCUCCCAUCAGAUGUUGAACAGCAGUCUCAAGUAUCUGCCCCCGAUAUUACAUUGUUGCACGCAGAAAUGGAGAAACUUCGAAUCCAGUUGAAAAAUGAGAAGCUAAUGCAAGCCAAACUUAAGGAUGAGCUGCAGGACAUUGAGCAGGUCCUGGAAGAACAACAGAAGAUGAAGACCGAGGUGUUUAACGAAGGCUGGAUUGCGCAGCUUGAGGAGGCAAAGGAGAAACUGCUCUUCGUCCAAGGGAAUGAUGAGGAGACUCUGGCUGUUGCAGCAGCCAUUCAGAAGAAGGCAGCAGAACUCCAGAUUAGUGGCAGCACACCUAAUGCUGUGCAGAUUCUAACAAAUGAUGUUCUGAAAUAGUUGCUGGCUUUUCCUGUGUGAUCUUCAUAAACUUCAAAUUUGUCUGUCUGUAACCUCUUUUCAAGUUUGAAAUUUUUCCUGCAAAGUUAUUUUAUUAACAAAUUGUAAGCUUUAAUAAAGAAAGGAAUCAUAGCAUAUUAA